AUGGACGCCGCGCCCGAGCGCCCGCCGACGCGCCCGAGCGAGGCGACGAUGCGUCGACGCGCGGCGGCGAUGCGCGCGGCGACGCUGCGACGGGAAUUCGACGCAUUCGCGCGGGACGGGCCGACGCACGACCUGCGAACGCCCCUGCUCGGCGCGUGCGAGGACGGCGCCGAGGACGCGGCGCGGGUGAUCUUAGAGCUCGGCGCCGCGGUGGACGAGCGGGAUGAAAAGGGGACGACGGCGUUGAUGACGGCGGCGGCGUGGGGACACGCGGGGGUGUGUCGAUUGUUGCUCGAACGCGGGGCGGACGUGAACGCGCGAGACGAUGGGGGGGACACGGCUUUGCACGAGGCGGUGCGGGCGGAUGCGGAUGAGGUGGUGAUCGCGCUGUGUGAGUGGCCGGGAUGCGACGUGGACGCGAAGAAUAAACACGGGUGCGCGCCGCUGCACGUGGCGUCGCACGCGGGGAACGGAGCGAUGACAAAGUUGUUGAUACGGUUAGGGGCGUGCGUGAACAGGGAGAUGAACGGGGGGUACUCGGCGUUGCACGUCGCCGCGGCGAAUGGGUCGAGCUCGAGCCUGAGCGCGCUGCUCGAGGGGGGGGCGAACAUUCGGCACAGCGCGUCGGAGAGUAAUUUGCAUCGAACGGCGAGCGGGACCGCGUUGGAGCUCGCGGAGGCGAACGGGCAGCGAGAGGCGGCGGCCAUGUUGAGAAAUGCGUCCGAUCUCGAGUUUCAACGAUCGGGGUUGUUUCGCGACUGA